CCCGAGCUCGGUGUCGUUGUUUCGCCCGCCGCCGCCGCCGCCGGGAGCCGGGCCCUGCCGCGCACGCAGCCCAGUUGCCUCGAGCGAGCAGCCGAGCCCGGCCGCGCAGACUGCAAGAAAUUUGAAGUUCAUUUGCGUUUCCCUUCCCUCAAAUCUUCAGCCUCCUGAUUGAUGCAAGAGGGAAGUGGAGGGCCUUCAUUACUCUUCCCAUUUCACUGUUUCCUGGUAUUUGCAAGACAUGGGGAAAUCCUUUUCUCACCUGCCUUUACAUACGUGUAAGGAAGAUGGCAGUGAUGGAGGUACAGCAUCUGAAAACAUGAGGAAUGGAUUAGUUCACUCUGAAUCCCAUAGUGAAGAUGGAAGAAGUGGGGAUGUGUCACAGUUCCCAUAUGUGGAAUUUACAGGAAGAGACAGUGUCACUUGUCCCACUUGCCAGGGAACAGGGAGAAUUCCACGUGGGCAGGAAAACCAGCUCGUGGCACUGAUUCCAUACAGUGAUCAGAGGCUGAGGCCAAGAAGAACAAAGCUUUAUGUGACUGCUUCUGUAAUAGUAUGCUUACUCCUUUCUGGUCUGGCUGUAUUCUUCUUAUUUCCUCGUUCCAUUGAUGUCGAAUACAUUGGAGUGAAGUCAGUAUAUGUCAGUUAUGAAACAAGUAGGCGCAUAAUAUAUCUAAAUAUUACGAACACCCUAAAUAUAACAAACAACAAUUACUAUUCUGUUGAAGUGGCAAACAUUACAGCCCAAGUUCAGUUUUCAAAAACGGUUAUUGGGAAGGCACGGCUAAACAAUAUCACCAACAUUGGUCCACUGGAUAUGAAGCAGAUUGAUUAUAUGGUGCCCACAGUCAUACAAGAUGAAAUGAGCUACAUGUUUGAUUACUGUACCUUGCCAUCUAUUAAAGUGCAUAACAUAGUAGUCAUGAUGCAAGUGACAGUGACAACCUCUUACUUUGGCCACUCUGAACAAAUAUCCCAGGAGAGAUACCAGUAUGUUGACUGUGGUGGAAACACGACUUAUCAAAUGGGCCAAUCAGAAUAUUUAAACGUACUUCAACCUCCACAAUAAAAGCGGCACAGUGGAUGAUGCAGAAAGAAAAAGAUGGCUGUUGUUGCUGCCAGACUUCAUCUUAAUAGAACUGUUGAUCAGAUUUGCUACUAUUUAAAAGGGUGUGUGUGUGUGUAAAGUUUAGCAACCCUGAAGGUCUGUUCGCUUAUAAUAUGAUCUGUGGGAGAAGGAAAAGUGCAAAAUGUAUAUAGCCACAAUUGUUGAACAGUGUAUUUCUCCUUCUGUUUACUAUUAUGAUAUGUAGACAUUUCUAUCAAAUUGUUUCACUAGAAAAAUGCAUCUUAAAUUUUCAGACGGAGAACUUGAAUGAUUGCCUACAGCACAAUGUGGCUACAAGAAUUUUAAAGUAAAUGUGCAUAUAUUUAUCUGUAUAGAUGAAACAAUGUCACUAAGGAACAUUUGUAAGAGAGGAAUAAAUAUAUAAGCUAAAAGUUAAAUACUAAGAACUGAAACUAUAACAUAUAGUACAGAUCAAGGCUUCUAUUUAAGUCACCAGUUUCCUUUAGAGUGUCUGGAUAUGUCUAUAUAUGUGGUAACUUAUAGUCCUUGAGGAUGCAUUAGUAAACUUAUGGAAAAACAGCUUUCUUUGUAUUGGAAUUCUGUUUUAGAUAUGCUUCCAUUACAGGUUAACUGCUUGAUUUUAUUAUUUCCCACUCCUUAAACACAAACAAAACUCUUAUUGACUUGAAUGAAGGUUUUUGUUUUCCUUGAAUGUGGAAUUUUGGAUCUGGUGUUAAGCUGGCUACUGUUCUUUUGUUUUUGUUUCUACCUCCUCCCUGCCCCUACCCCAGGAGGGGAAGUUUAAAGAAAAUGUUCAUUAUUCAUAUUUUUAAAAACGAAUAAUGCAUAUGACAAAAAUUCAUGACUGCUUUGCAAAAUUCAUCAUUGAGUUAAAGAAAAAUGUUGAAGUCUCUAUUGGAUAAUGAAAAAUACAAAAUGCAUAAAGUUAUUUAAUUUUUUGUAGUAGUAGCUUGGAGUACAAGUGUAUCACUUUCAAGUUUACACAGAAUCACUUAAACAGUAUACAUACUAAGUCUAGGUAUGGCUUUUGGGCAACUAAAUGUAAACUGAAAAUAUAACGCAUCAUAUUCGCUUUGAAAUAUAAAGAAUGUGGACCUAACACUGACACGUAGUUUAACAUCUGUAUGGACUGAAUAAGCAGUAGUUGCCCAAAUCCUCUUAAGCCCUCACACUUCACAUUGAGAUUGGAGAGUGACUUUUUUUUUUUUUUUUUUUUUUGGUAAAAGUGCAAGUGCCUAUGCAAACACUAAACUACAAGAACUCAAAUAUGGCUACUUUCUGAUAACAAAAUAAUCCAGAGUAAAUGUCUUCAGUGUCACUGCAUGCCAGGUAUAAUUGGCCGUGGAACUGUGUUCUUAUGCAUUUCACCUUGUGAAGAGCAUAAUUUAAUUUAGAUUUAAUAUUAAAAUUUCUUUGAUUUUUUCGAGACUACCUUUAAUGUGUUUUAAAACACUUUUUUGUUCUUUUACUUGAAUCCAAAUAAUGUCUUCAGUUUUAGUUAAAAGAAUCCUGAUUUAGUUAGUUCUAAAUUGGAUACUUUACAGGUUAAUGUAUACUUGCCAUUGAGCGGUUAGAUUGUUAAACUGAAAUGAACAGUAUUUUUAAAAAACAGGAACUUCAGCUUUAAUGCUUCCGUAUCUUUCUAACAUAGGAUAUUAAAAAUAAGAAUCCAAUUCAUUGGCAGUAGUGUUAUAUUCUAAAGGUAACUUUUCAGCUAAGAAAUAGUCUGAAAGCUUGAAAAUGUAAUUUUGUUGUUUUGUUUUUUGUUUUCCCCUUCACAUUUUUUGUUGUAUGUAGCUAAACUUCACAAUUUAAAAAAAAAAAAAAAAAAGUUACUCUGCUAUAAGUGAUGGUCCUGCUAAGGGUUCUGCAUGGGUGUAAAGGUUUGCCUGCCUAUAUCCCUUUGCGUUACUGGACUUUAAAUCAUCACAUUUCUGUAAAUAGUGUUGGUCAGGUCACACUCAUUGAACCAAAAGAGACAAUGCUGGCAUUACAAAACCAAGUUACUUCUUGCCUUCUUAAAAAUAUUUUUUGGUAGUUGGUUGUAAACUUGAAAAAUGGUGAACAAACAGAAUCAAAAAAGUUAUACUGCACUUAAUAUAACCUAGUGCUGUUAUAUACAUAAACGUAGUUGCAAAUGCCCAGUCUUUGACUAUGGCUGGCAAUAGCAAAGUAUGCCUGGGGUUGGGGUUGGUGAUUGGUGAUACUAGGUUGGCUGUGUGGGGAGUUUGUACCUUUAUUUGUGUGGAACAGCUAACUGCCGAUAGUUUAAGAGGGCUGAUUUCUCAGCCAGUGACUAGGAUAUAGAGAGGCUCUGGCCAGACCCAUGUGCCAGCAGCAGAGAGUAGUGUGUGUUAAGAGUUGCUACUUUUAGAGCACUUUGCCACUGCAGGAUCUUCCUAAAUCAUAGUGUAUUUCUUUCUGGAUCUGGCCAUGCCAGAUUUAAGGCCAGAACCUGCCAAUGGUACAGUGCAAAACAUUCUGUGAACAAAACUGGGGGUUCAGAAAUAGACUGAAACUCUUAUGUAAUUUUACUUCUAUAUAAUCUUUUAAGUAUUGGCUAUUUUGAGACAAUGAUCCAUUAAUAAAAUGUGUCUUGCCGUGAACAGUGCUGUCAGUAGUAAUACAUCUGUGUAAAAGCUAGUUACUUUCCUUAGGCUAGUCCAGCUAAGAAACUUUUGGUUCAAGAUUACAAGAAUGUCGAGUUCUUAAUAUUUAACUGCUAAGGUUAUGAUUCUGAAAAGGGAUCUACCUGAGUGUAUGAUGGGGCUAAUGCGUGAGUUCUUAUGCAGAAUCAGGGCCUGAAAUAGUACAAGAAAUGUAGGUUGGAAAGCGUUCUCUUGUCAUAGAAGCCCCAAAAGCUGCUAAUUAAGUCCAUAGUGAAGCAUAUCCUUGUAUAAUUUAGUUUGUAAAAUACUGAUUUAUUUGGCCACAAAGUCUCUGAGGAGAUGGUAACUUAAAUUUAAGGUGCUUAUUUUGCAUCCAUUGGAAUUAACUCUGGAACUGCGAUGUGGGGUGGAAAGGGAGGCUAAUAUAAAUGUAUACUGUAACAGCUGAUCCUACAUGUAUUUGGCUAAAAUGACCCAUACACUUACUCUUAACUGGAUUGAUCUCUUAUCCUUAGGACUCAUUUAUGUUAUCAAAAUGUUAGUUGUUUUUUUUUAAAAAAAGGUAUCCUACAAACCCUGGAGAUCUACCGACUGAAUACACAGUAGAGGAGUUCAAAAGGCAACUUUUGUUCUGAAAGACAGAGCCCAUGAUAAAUUAUUACUCAUGAAUUGGGGAAGAAAAAUGCCUUCUAGAUGUUCUACCACAUUUGUAACUUGUUUCCUCAUCUGGAGGCUCUUUGAUAGAAGGUUACAAUUUUUAAAAUAAUUAUGCAAUGUAGAGGUCAGUGUUCUUGUAACAAUUUGCUAUGCAGCAUAGCUUGUCAGUUUUAAUGCACUUCUGAUGCAUGCAUGACUUUAAUAUUAACAUUGCUGUUACAUUUGACAACUUUAUUUUAACACACACUGAUUGACGUUCAUACAAGUGGUCCUUGAAAUUCUCCAAGUGAGUAAUCUAAAUAGUAGUAUAAUUCAAAACGUUGUUUUUGUUUUUUAAUGAACAGUGACUAGAUCAGACUACUCUACCAGUGAUGCUUUACGUUUUCAUCAUGGACUUAGUGCUACCAGCUGAUUAACUGAAAUAUGUCCUUGGAAAGGGUGAAACAAUUGAGGUGUUUGGAGAUGGUGUGUUUUGAGUGUUAAAGGCAAAAUGUUUUUUAGUUGUCAUUGUUAAAAGCUGAAAAAUAUAACACAUCUAUAACCAAAAACCAUUUUGUAAGUUGUCUGCCAAUAACUUGGCACCUGGCCCCGUAACCCAUUUCUUGUUUGUAUAUUCCUGUUAACUUCAAUGGGACUACUUAAUGUGCAAGAGUUAAUUACAUGAAUAAAGUUUUCAGGAUAAGGCCCUUGGUUGACAUUUGUCAUAACUUAAGUAAAAAAAUAAUCCAAAACACCACAUCUGGCAACACUUUAAGAUAUAUUCCUUUUCUAAAAGGGGAAACCUACCUUCUUUUAAACUGUAUUAAUCAGAAAUGUGUUGGGAUAACAAAUAACUAAUACACUUUUUAUUCAGCAUGUUAAAAACAUGAAUUUAGUGUGUUAAGAGGUCUAAAGGCAAUAGUAUUCAUUAUUUAGAAUGAUUUUUAGAUCAGUCUUGGACUGUCUUGCUCACUGGAAUGGUAACUACUAGAUGUAUUACAAAAGCACCAUAUACUUUUUUGUUUGAGAAACCCUUAAACGCUAAUUUAUUUAAUUGGUUAUGCUGACAGGGUAAGGAAUUGUAGGUUUUUUUUUUUUUGUUUGUUUUUUCCUGCUGGUCAUGGAAUUCUAUUCUUGUUUGGGCCUACUUAAGAUUAUCAAGAACCCAUCAUUAUUUGUCAGGAACAAUUCUUAAUUGGUAAGAAAUGUGGAGAGUAGAGAAGCCCCAGUGUGUGGGCUCUGUCAAUACCAGAAUGUACUCCCUGGAUUGGAUUAAAAUGCUGAGUUACAGCGUUAGGUAUUGGUAGUGCACCAGUAAGUAUACUGCCAUUUCUUAUGGUUGAUGAUUGGGAACAAGCCCUACAGUUUUGGCAUAGUUGUCUAUUGGGCAUUAAAGUUUUUACAUUAUAUACUAAUUAAGCCACUUAAUUACCUAGUCCUUUACUUUUGUUUUAAUGAGUCAUUUUUCACCAGUUUAACCACUAGUAGUGUUCAUUGUACAGAAAAUGCGUAUUGCUAAAGAUAUGUAUAGAGAUGCUAAUAAGUAAUAACUAUUUUUGUAAUUUAGAAACUGUAACUGUUGCUCUUGUAAUUGUGUGGCAAAUAUAAUCUGUUUGCAUUCAGUUUAUUAAGCAUGGUAAAUAAAACUUCCAUGAGUCAAAGUGUAUGUGGACAUGCUUCUAGGACACAUCAAUUGUCUUAAAAUGUUAGUAAACUGAGGGGAAUAUAAAGUUAUAUCACCACUUGUGUUUAAAAUUCUAAAAGGGACUUCAUAAGGGGGGAUUUUAAAAAGAAUUGUGCACUCGUUUGGAAAGAAUGCUAUUAAAAGUUACUUUUUGAAAGUAAA